UUGCCCUCGCUCUAUACAUCUACCUGCCUUUCCUUGCCUCCCAUUUCUGGCUUCAGAGCUAUGGUGGUAGCCGAGCUUAACUCAAACCCACUCCCCUCCCUACAGCUGUACCUUGACGGACCAUUUGGAGAGGGCCACCAGGAGUGGCAUAAGUUUGAGGUGUCCGUGCUGGUGGGAGGGGGCAUUGGGGUCACCCCCUUUGCCUCCAUCCUCAAAGACCUAGUCUUCAAGUCCUCCUUAGGCAGCCAAAUGCAGUGUAAAAAGAUCUACUUCAUCUGGGUGACACGGACCCAGAGGCAGUUCGAGUGGCUGGCUGACAUCAUCCGGGAGGUGGAGGAGAAUGACCAACAGGACCUGGUGUCUGUGCACAUCUACAUUACCCAGCUGGCUGAGAAGUUCGACCUCAGGACUACCAUGCUGUACAUCUGUGAGCGGCACUUCCAGAAGGUGCUGAAUCGGAGUCUGUUCACGGGGCUGCGCUCCAUCACCCACUUUGGCCGACCCCCCUUUGAGCCCUUUUUCAACUCCCUACAGGAGGUUCACCCAAAGGUACGGAAGUUUGGGGUAUUCAGCUGCGGCCCUCCAGGAAUGACCAAGAAUGUAGAGAAGGCUUGUCAACUCAUCAACAGGCAGGACCAGGCCCACUUUGUGCACCACUACGAGAACUUCUGAGCCCACCCUCCCUGGUUCCUGCAUCCCCUCUGUGAAGCAGCCCUGCCAGCAGUUUCUCAGUCAGAAUCCACUCAGGUGGAGAGCUAGACGAGCCUCUCCCUCAUUGCCCCAUAUGUCCCGUGCUCUGAGAAGGUAGAGAAGACCCUUCCAGCUCAAGUUACUGCAGGUUGUGACAGACCAAGUGGGAAGGGGACAGCCCCUGCCUUGUGACAAUUGUGAAGGUGAAGAGAUACAAUAGCACUUGCCUCUGAUAGGUCCCCAUGUCUGUUUCAGUACCACAAAAUUGAUGUAUUGCUUUGAUAUUUUCUUGUCUUUGGCAUUUGAGGGAGGGUGGGGUAGGGAUACCUGAUGUGAAGAGAAGGCUGAGUGAGGAUUUCCUCAGAGCCUGGCUCAGUUGUGAUGCUUAGAACCUGGACAGUCCAACUGCCUCAAUUCAGUCCAUGAGGCCUUUUCCCUCCAGCUCCACCCACACCUCUUUCUGGUCCUAGAGGGUCAGGAAUCCUGAGGAAGAACCUGGGAACAAAGAUGUUUCCUCAGCCCUGAUGUUCCUGGUGUCAGCCAGUAAUGCCCGCUGUCCUGACCUCUUGGUGGGCCCUCUGAGCCCACUGGAGCAGUCCUGGGACUUUGGGACCAAGGGAGUCCAGUCUGUCUGCCAGACGUCCAAAACUCCCUCAGUUCCCCACUUGUACAACAUUUGAGUGACCAGCUGUCCUGGUUUGCCCAGGACUCUUCCAGUUUUAGCACUGAAAGUCUCUUGUCCUAGGAAACCUCUCAGUCCCAGGCAAAUCAGGACAGUUGGUCACCUUACCCAGGAGCCAACUUGGGAUGUCACCUCCCUACUUGUCUUUUUAAGACCCUUCUUUGUCCUUCGUUAACUGGCUCUUUCCUAAAAAGCUGAGCUUUAAAUUUUUUUAGAUUUAGGUAUAAUUUGCACACAACAAAAUGUAUAAAUCUUAAAGUUACCAUUUGUAUGGGUUGCCAUUACAUUUCCAUCACCCCAGAAACUUCUCUUGUACCCACCCCUCUCAGCCAGUCUCCCUCGGCCCCUAGAGACAACCUCUGCUGUGAUUUGUGUCACUCCAGAUUAGUUUUGCUCCUACUGAAUGGACUCUUUUGAGACUGGCUUCUUUUGCACAGCGCAUUGUCUUCGUGAUUCAUCCAUGUUGUUGUAU